AUGGAUCAACAGAUAGAGCACCUAGUCAACAAGACCUGGGCAAAAUUAUGCUCAACGGCAGACGAUAGGCGCCUUAUGAUCGCCAUCAGUGGCAUCCCCGGCAGCGGCAAGACCGGCCUGGCAACCAUGAUGGCCCAUCGAAUCAACAAAAUCUACGCCUCGGAAAACCCAACCUCACCAACACCUAUAGCAAGCUCUCUACCAAUGGAUGGGUAUCACUUAACGCGCGCGCAACUAGCCGAGAUGCCCGAUCCCGCACUUGCGACAGCGCGACGCGGCGCAGCCUUCACAUUCGACGGAGAGAAGUUUCUAUCUCUUGUGCGGGCCCUGAGGACACCAAUCACAGGCAAGACUGGCUCGAUCUAUGCGCCGAGUUUUGAUCAUGCUAUUAAAGAUCCCGUCGAUGAUGAUAUCGCCAUUCCGGCAAACUGCAGGGUUCUGUUCUUUGAAGGGAAUUAUCUGAGUUUGAAUAAGGAGCCUUGGAAGACGGCUGCCGGGCUUAUGGACGAGCUCUGGUUUGUGGAUGUUGAUUUCGAGGUUGCUAGGAAGAGAUUGGUGACUAGACAUGUUCUGGCGGGCAUUGCGAAAGAUGAGGCCGAGGCGGAUAAGAGAGCUACGGAGAACGAUUUGGUAAAUGGGAGGGAGAUCGUGGAUUGCCGGUUGCCCGUCCAGGAGGUUGUUUCUAGUAUCUUUGACUCAAGUUGGGAGAGGUGA